AUGAGAUCUGGCGAGACCGUGAGCUCCGAAACUCUCGACCAAUACGGCAGCGAAGGCUUCAAAAAGGAAAGAAACUACAAUGUCACGCUCAUUUUUAACAUGGCCAUGGGUUUGGUUAGCUGUAUGGCUAAUAAUAUCGAGCUUGCGCAGUGGAUGAAGUGCCAUUGCUCUAAGUGCAGCUACUACCGGUCACCAGCGUGGAUGGCGAAACGGUCUGACGAAAUGACACGCACGGUGCUUGUGCCGAAGCAGUUCUAUCGGCGCGGACGCGGUAAAGUUUGUGCUUCUGAUAGGCUCUACAACAAGCCCUGGAAAACGUACUUAUACUAG